AUGUCGUUCUCCAACAGCAGCGGAGGAACACUCACUGUUCCCAGCCCGACACAUGUCCACCAUGUGGACGUGCUUGCCUCCUCUGUGAGGGGCCUGAGAAGGUCACUCUCCAGAUCGCCCUCCAAGUUCAGCCUGGCGCGCACCAACUCUCUUGAGAGCACCGAUAGCUCUCACAGCGGAUCCCACACACCAGUCCAGCAGCAAUCGCCAUGCCGACGAUACACACCAACACCAACACCACCUAGUAGCAGUGGCAGCAACAGUGGCAUCAGCGGCCUGCAGGACCAGCAUCCCCUCAGCUUUACCCCAGCCGGCCUUCCUCCUUCCAUGCUGACCUCUACUACGCCCUUGAGCUCGCCCCCAAGCCUGGCCACGCCAUUCCGCCCCAGCGUCCGCCUCUCUCUGCGCUCUGCAAAGUCAUCCAAGGUGACGGGCAGCCCUUCGCGGCCAGUAACUCGACUUCGAACUUCGCCCAAGUCACCUCUCAAGCGCGCUCUGAACGCUACCUCUGACUCGGGAAAUUCUACUCCUUCUUGCCCCUCGUCUGCUUCAAGCUCCGAGAGCCCCGGCCAGGAAAAUAACGGCCAGGUCAGCCCGCUGUCCAGAUCGAACUUUCAAAAAUCAUCACGCCACAGUUUCCAUCUUGACGGCACCGGUCACGCUCAGCAAGCGAGUAUUUUCAGGUCGAUCGAAGGCCAAGGCGAGUCGCAGGCAGUCCCGGGAUCGGGCGCACUGAAGCGCAGCGACGCCAUCAUGAAUCUCGACCAGGCCUCGCUUGGCAGCCCGGUCGCGAAGCGCCGCAGUUUGCACGGAAUUUCAAGUUUUGGCCAGACCACACCUGAUUUCAACAUUUUUGACAACAACGCGAAUACCAACAACAGCAACAGCGGCACCCCGGGCAAGACGAAUUUUGACAUUCACGACGAAGCCAACCGCGAGUACGAGCUCUUUGGAUCAUCCGGCUCUUCUUCAAACCGGGACCCUCUCCCUUCACCGACCCCGCCUCCCCAGGCCCCGCGCAGGACUGGAUCACUACGCAAGUCCACCCUCCAGCAAAGACAACACGACCGGAGUUCUUGGGGACGUCGGUCAGGUGCAAACCACCUGGCACAGAUGAGCGGAGACUUUUCAACGCCCAACAGCAAGAACAGGCCGCGCUUGUCAAUGGAUCAGUUCCUUCCCCCUCAAGCUCCCCGCGACAGCCCGUUCUCAUCGAACCCACCGUUGCCCAACCCUUCCGCUCACCCAAUUGAGCGCUCAUCACACCAGCCUCACCCGCUGUCUAAGACGCUGGUCACUUCAACAUCGGGAAACAGCCUGGAGGAGCAGAAUAACAGCAUGCCUCCUCCGUCGCUCUUCGAGAAGCCCCGCGCUCCCAUCAAUUUCGCAAAGUCGAUGCCUUAUGGCUCUUCUCGGCCCUCCUUCAUGCAAGAGGACAACAACGAGAAUGUCACUCCCUUCAAGGCGGCCAAGCCUUGGGCCGGAGCCUUCAUGUCUACAGGCCUUGUCUCCAAGGUCAACCGCAACCCCGAGGAGUUCGACAACAAACUAACCAUGCCCGACACUCCCUGCAAGAAGCCCACCAACGGCUUUGCCACCUUCCCACCACCUCCUGGCAGUGUGAUGAAGAAGAACAACCGCUACUCGUUCGGUGGUAUGCCAUCAACCCCUUUCAACGCACCGGGAGCUCCAUCAUCUCGCAGCACAUUUGGCAACCCAGGAAAGGGCCUUGGCAUCUUCCAGCGCAUGGGAUCGCGCCAUGCCCGCCGAGGCAGUGUCUUGAGUUUGGACGAUGAUAAGAAAUUCUCCCUUGAAACCAACUUCAACGUCGACCUCGCAGCUGCUACUACUGACGCCCCCCCGACACCCACGAAGCAGGGUCUCACCCCUAGCUUGAGCAACCUGAGUGAGCAGAGCAUCGAGAGCCCCAGCGCUAAGAGAUCGCUGCCCUUUUCCGCCGUUCGGCCAAUGAUCUCUAGAGAAUCUACUGGUGAGUGUACUCCAGAGAGAAAGUCCAACAACAGGGGCGCCAGUGGUCCAUUGUCAAGCUCUCCCCUUGGCUCCACUGGUUCUCCGACUAGCGGACUGUCUCCUACUUCGCGUCUUUCCUUGCCGUCGUUUGGUCGUUCGAGAUCCUGUCGGGGCUUCAGCGCCCCUUCGCCUUUACGGACUCGAUUUUGUCCCUCGACGUUUGAGCCUCAGAAGGACAUGUUGGCUAAGAUUACUUCUCACGAUACAGCUAGCCCAGUUGAACAGCGCUCUCCCCGAACCCCCUCUACGCACAUGGUCAUUCCUGACGCCAGCUGCCUCUCGAUUUCUAACCCACCUGAGCCGAGGAGCGUAGCUGCCCCAUCCACCCCCUCUGGACGCGAUUCCUUCCAGAGCACCACGACUCAGCUCAUGACCCCAGUCAAUGUCCGCGGCGGUGCUGAUGUUGAUGACUCUCUCUACUCUCGCUUCGACAAGGUUGAGAUGGUUGGCAAGGGUGAAUUCUCCUCCGUCUACCGGGUGGUGAAGUCUGGCUACUCUCGCGCUUCCUUCCUCUCCGUGUUUAGUGGAACGCCCACGAAGAACUCUCGCGAAAGCCCUGAGCCCGACCGCAUCUACGCUGUCAAGAAGGCUCGCCGUCCGUUCACGGGGCCCAAGGAUCGCCUAGCCAAGCUGAGAGAGGUCCAAGCGCUUCAGGCCUUGACUCACGCUGACCAUGUGCUUCACUAUGUGGACAGCUGGGAGGCCAACCAGUACCUGUACAUCCAGACCGAGUUCUGUGAUGAGGGCACGCUGGACAAGUUCCUGAGCAAUGUCGGUCGCAAGGGCAGACUGGAUGAUUUCCGUAUCUGGAAGGUCAUCCAUGACAUUGGCCUGGGUCUGCAAAGCAUUCACGAGGCUGGGUUCAUUCACCUCGAUUUGAAGCCCGCUAACAUUCUCAUUACCUUUGAGGGCAUCCUCAAGAUUGGUGACUUCGGCCUGGCUACCGAGUGGCCUGCUGCUAAGGGCGUCGAUGCUGAGGGUGACCGAGAGUACAUUGGCCCCGAGAUCCUCCGUGGCGAAUUCAACAAACCCGCAGACAUCUUCUCUCUCGGACUCAUCACUAUCGAAAUGGCUGCGAACGUUGUCCUUCCUGACAAUGGCCCUACCUGGAUCGCCCUGCGUUCUGGUGACCUUUCGGAAGUCCCUAGCCUGACUUUCAGUGCCACCACCACGACUAGUGCUCAACGCGACGCGGCUGGAGUGCCGACCAUGCAGUCCUUCGAUGACCCUCUUCUGGCUCAAACCAGCGCUCCCGACAUCAGCCUUCACUCUGGAAUUGCCCCUACCAGAGUCAACGUCGUGAUGGAUGAUUCAAGCAGCCCCUUCAUCACCCGCAAGCGCACUGAGCUGAGAUCGCCCCCCGACUUCAUGAGCGACCCUUUCCACCCCAGCUCACUCGACCAGAUUGUCCGUUGGAUGAUUCGACCUGAACCGAGUGAGCGACCUACUAUCCAGCAGCUGCUGUCGACUCCUGCGAUGACCUGGGUCGCGGAUCGUCGCAGAUCAGCUGCAACCGUCUUUGAGGGCGUGUGGGGACCUAGCGAGUCCACCUCACUUCCCACUCUGAUUGACGAAGCCUUGAUCGAUGAGACGAUCGAGGAGGCCGUCAUUGACGAAGACACUGAAAUGAUGGACGUUUAA